CAAGAAAUGUUUGUGUGGUGACAAUUCUACAGAGCACCAACAAGCAGAUAGCACAAGAGAAGAGACAAAAGGCCAAAAAAAAAAAGACCAGUGUCUUCAUAUUGAAGCACUUUCAUCAAAAGCAUGAAGAAAAAGAUGAGGGACUUGUUUUGCAGAAGAGAUAUUCCUGAUUGUACAGCUGCCUUCCUUUAUCUUUCCGAAUUGUGAGAUAAUUUAGUUUCCAUUUGUACUUCAUGGAAAGAACAAGAUCUGGCAGCCCAGAGAGGACUAGCUCUGUAAGAGAAGCAAUUAAUUUGUUUGGAGAAAAGAUGGUGAGUAAUGGUGGAAAGCAAAACAAACUCAAACCUCACUUCUCACUGUCAGAUGAAUUGGCUACAAAAAGGGCAAGAGAGAUCCAUGUUGCGAAAAUGGAUAUAGGCAGAUUGUGCGAAAAUAAGAAGUGUGCUGAAGAUGACAAGGCCAGAGCAGAAUCAGAAUUGUAUAUGGCCAGGGGGAUGGCAAAUGAACUCGCUCGACGCAUCGAGGAAUGUAAUGCUAAAACACUGGCUCAGAAACAACAGCUUCAAUCGAUGAAUUCUCCAAAAAUAAUGAUGGACUCCCAACCUCUUGAUUAUGUUCAAGUGAUGCAUGAGCUUGACAGAGUCAAGCAUGAAUUGAGCAAACUGAAACUUGAGGUUUCAUCUGCCAUAGAAGCAAAGGCGAAUGCCGAAAGUGAAAUAAAGACCUCUGGUUCUAAAGUGAGAACAAUGGAGGCCUGUGCGGAGGAUCUUCAAAAGGAAAUCGAGCACAUAAAUGAAGAGCAUGUUUUAGUUGAGCUAGCAAGAAUGGAAGCUGAAAGGGAACUGCAACAGAUUGAGUCUCAAAGAUUAGCAGAUUUUUCCUGGUAUUCUAAGAGCAUUGAAGAAGCUAACAACAGAAUCAAGGGCCUUCAAAAGGAAAUACAACAAACUCAGGAGCUUGAAAGAAGUCUUGCUGUGACCACUGCUGAUGUUGAUGUCUUGCAAAAGGAGAUGGUAUUAGUGAGGGCUAUGGAGAAGAAUUUCAGCAAGAGUAAUUCAAUGAGCAAUGAUGAACAGAAAAAGGAAGAACAAACACAGCGAGAAUUACGAAAUGCGGAAGCUGAAUUGGAGGUCGCAAAGAAAGAGUUGUCAUCAUACAAGUACCAAGGGUUUCAGUUCAUGAGUGCUAUGGAUCUUAUAAGGAAAGAACUAAUCGAAAUAUUUAAGGAAAAGGAACAAAUUGAGAAAAAUGAGAAGAAGACAGAUUCUGCAGUCAGGAAUCUCAACUCUAAGCUUCUGAAAGCGAAAUCACAGCUCGAAUCAGCUUUGGUAGCCGACACAAGAGCUAAAGAAAUAGUGGCCAAUCUUUCAGCAGCACUGCAACAAAUGAAGAUAGACACUGAGGCAGUGAGGAGGGAAAGAGAGCAGAUAAGCGAAGAGUCAAAAUCUAUCAAAAUUGAAAUGAAGAGUGAGGAAACUAUCAAUUCAGACAAUGAGAGGUUGUUAACUACAAUGAAAGAGCUCGAGGCAGCUAAAAAAGCUGAAGAAUCUGCGCUUAAAAAGCUAAAGGCCGUUGCUGAGAGAGCGAUGAGGAAUAGAGUUUGCACACAGUUGCACGAGUUUCUCGUAUAA